AUGCAUCCUCUAUUGCACACCAAGCAUAACGCUGGGUGUGAGCAGGUGAUGCAAGCCCUCGAAGAGUGCCACGCAAAAGGGUUCAUGUGGAAGGCGGCUGGCAUGUGCAAUGAUGCCAAGCAGCAGCUUGCCGACUGUCUCCGAGCAGAGCGCGCGAAGAAUCAGGACUCAAACCGGAGCGGUGUCCAAGACAAACAGGCCAGGAUAAGGCAGAGGUGGAGGGAAAUUGAAGAGAACUCCUAA